UGUCGUUGAAUGAAUGAAGGCCUACCUAUGUCCGUCACCAUCACUAUCACAUCGUCUCAACACACAAGGCACACACGUCAAUCCAAAUGUGUCACUAAUGAGUCCAUUCAGCCCGCUACCACCUCUAUCUGUGUGUCCUGGCUGGGGUCUCCCCCUUCUUGACGAGCUGCCGGCCGGCCGCUCUUCGGUGGUCGGAGGCGAUGGCGCUGAGUGAGCAGCGCAGCUCGGCCACACCGAGGUGCUCCCUGGCUGAGACGGCGUGGACGAACGGCCAGACCAACUCGAGCGGCAGCUGCUGCAGCGCCACCACCACGCGCAUCAUCAGGCUGUGCAGAUCCAUCGGCUGCACGCACCCAAACCAACACACAACACACACACAGAGGGAGAGGUGCUGUUGACUGACACGUGUUGUCACUACUCACCUUGAGCAGGUCGACCUUUGUGAGCACCAGCUGAAGGAUGACGGCAGACACCACACCGCAGCAGACAGAUGAUGUGUAGGCACAAUAGCCUGUCCGUUUUCGAUGUCUCCCUCGUGCCGUUUGCCUGGCCGGGCUUGCCCUCGAUCACUGCCGAACAGACAGCAAGACAUAUUAGACACGGAAGGAGAGACAUGUCUACAACCUGUUGUAUUGUGACUUGUGUUGUGGCGUGCGCACCUUCCCGUAACACUGUCCAGGUAGUUUCGGAUGGGGCUGUCGGCAGAGGGGGAGGCAGGAAGCGCGCGGCCGCACUUGACGCGUUGAGACGCGACAGGAAAAACAGUAGGGAUAUACAUGUCUCGGAGGCGUAUGCAGCGGGGGUGAGAUGAGGGGCAAUCUUGAAGUGCUCGUGCGCCGCACUCACACACUGGCUCUUCUCGCUAUCGGUGAACUCCGGCACAGGGGCCUUGCUGGCCAGGGUGACCACGGCAAGCUGGAAGGCCGUGAAGCUCAUCUCAUUGGCCUCGAUCUUCCUGUCCUCCUCGUUGGCGGCCGAGACAGCGCUCCAGUAGACACGUCGAAGUCGGCACACAGCUGCUGUGCGUAGUGGGUGAAGAGCUGCUUCACGCGGGCCCGGAUGGAUGUGAGCAGCUCCUUGACGAGGGGGUCGGUGCUGAUGGCCUUGACCUCCGCUGUCUCUGUGGUGUGUCCUUGGCGACGGUUGCGUCGUACAGGGGUUUGAGGGAGUGAGUGGUGAGGAGGUCCAUGGGUGAGGGGUUCUCGCUCUCUAUCGCCGCAUGAACCUCGCGAGACAACUCCUUCAACGCCUGGAAACACACACAAAAGCGAGACAUGGACGUUUCUGGUUUGGGCGAGUGUAUUGUAUGUGUCCUUUUCUCAUCGACCUUUAGCCACUGGUGCAGCUCCAUGUGAUGCGUUGUGCUGCGCACCAUCCCAGCCCCCACUCCGGCCCUCCUCUCAUCCUCGCCCUUGUCACCCUGCGACGGCACGGCACUCAGCCCCGUCUUGGGCAGUGUGGUGGCGGCCUUGGUGUGUCGCACGAACAGCAGGUCGGCCUGCACCUGGGUGAGGGCCGCGGGCAGCACGCGAAGGGGACGGAGUGGAUGUUGCUGCUGUCUUGGUUGGUGGUGUCGUUGGUCAGUUCUGGAGAGAGGGGCGUGAGGCCACAAUGCCCGUCUCACGGAGGAAGCGGGCGAACUUGGCGGAUGAGAGGUGAGUUGCGGUUCAGGGGAUCUGCAGCACAUUCAGUGAGGGAGGGAGGAGACACAGACAGACAGACAGACAGACAGACAGACAACACCCCGCUGCAAUUGCAGGGAUCCGCAACAGUAGCAGCAGGAGACACACUUACUGACCAGAGCCGCAGGGGGCUUGGAGGGCGCUUUGUACUUGACAUUGGCCGCCAGAACCAUAACGUCCAGAAAGUGACGAAGGCUCAUCUGCAUCACCCCACAAAGCAAGAAAAGCACCGUCUACCGACAGCACGGCACACUCCUUGCUACAUGCAUUGCCUUUGGCUGUUUGCGUGAGGGACUCGUUGAAGAGACAGGAGUCGAUGACCAUCCGCUGCAGCUUCGAUGGCUUGAGAGACUCCGCUGCGGUUCGCCAGCACAUUGGACCCUCCUUCGCUCAAAUGAAAGUAAUACCAACGUCUUCUGCAGGUGCACACCACGGAAAUUGUCAUGUAUGCAAGGCCGAAUCACCCAAGUCCCCUGCGACUUAGGUGGU